AACCCUCAUAAGGUUAUGUUCAGUUCGAGUACAGAGGGUUAUUUAAAAAAUUUUCUACGUUUAUUGAAAAGUCAAUCAAACGUAGCCGACGAUAAUAUUGCUGAAAUAGUUGGAUCGUCACAAAUGACUAACAUCCCCGAAAGUCUGGAUUGGCGGAGAAAAGGGUUCACGACCCCAUCACAGAAUCAGCAAAGCUGUGGCUCAUGCUACGCUUUCAGUAUUGCUGAAAGCAUUGAAGGACAGAUUUUUAAACGCACAGGAAAAAUAUUGAGCUUAAGCGAACAACAAAUUGUAGACUGCAGUGUGUCUCAUGGAAAUCAAGGAUGCACUGGAGGAUCUUUACGGAACACUUUAAAAUACUUACAGAGCACAGGCGGUAUAAUGAGAUCGGAUGAUUACAAAUACGUUUCAAAGAAAGGGAAAUGCCAGUUUGUAAGGGACCUUUCCGUCGUUAAUAUUACUUCUUGGGCUAUACUACCAGUUAAUAAUGAACAGGCAAUUCAAGCUGCUGUGGCACAUAUCGGUCCUAUUGCUGUUUCAAUAAAUGCCACUCCAAGGACAUUUCAAUUAUACAGUGACGGCAUUUAUGACGACGCUUCAUGUGUGUCCACAUCUGUAAAUCAUGCAAUGUUGGUAAUUGGAUUCGGAAAGGAUUUUUGGAUAUUAAAGAACUGGUGGGGCGACCGUUGGGGAGAAUCUGGCUACAUGAGAUUGAAGAAAGGCAUAAAUUUAUGUGGAAUUGCGAAUUACGCUGCGUAUGCAAUUGUGUGAAAGUACAAUAUUAUUAUAAAUAUUAAGUUGUCAUUUUAUUUCAUUUUUUAUGCAGAUCUAAUGUUAGGUAAAAGUUAAAACUACUCUGAUAAAGUUUUUUUUCGGCUAC